GUCUGCCCCACCGCCUGAAGCACCCCAACGGCACCACUUCCAACCCCCCCAGUCUCCCCGGCAGCCGCAGCAGCAGUCCCAAGCGCGCCAUGACGGAUCCCAAGAGCAACGGCCUCGUGCUGCGGGCGAACGUCAUCAAGGGCCGGAACCUAGCAGCGAAGGAUAGGAGCGGGACGAGUGACCCUUAUCUCGUCCUCACCGUCGGCGACGCGAAGCAAGCGACCCCCUCGAUCAGCAAGACGCUCAAUCCGGAAUGGAACCAGACCCUCGACCUGCCCGUCACCGGUGUGCAGAGCCUCCUCCUCGAGGCGUGCUGCUGGGACAAGGACCGCUUUGGCAAGGACUACAUGGGCGAGUUCGAUGUGGCAUUGGAGGAUAUAUUCACGAAUGGACAAUCCAGUCAGGAGCCGAAGUGGUAUCCGCUAGAGUCGAGACGCACCGGCAAGAAGAAGAGCGUGGUUACGGGCGAGGUGCUGCUGCAGUUCUCGCUCGUAGACACGAGCAAUGCUUCUGCUACGCCCCAGCAGAUUCUGGCGAAGUUUAUGGCUAUUGCGGGGACGAGCCCAAGCCUGGAUGAGGACGAAGAUGAUCUGUUGCGUACGGAUAGUGGGGAUUUAGAAGAGCAAGAUGAUGAUGACCAAGAAGAUGCUUCCGACGAGCCGCAGGACGAGGUGAAGAAGGCGGAGAAGAGGCGCAAGAAGCUACGGCUUGCGAGGCUGAAGAGAAAGGCGAAGCAGAGGGGUUACGAGUUCACUGGUAACUCGGAGGUUGCCGGCGUGCUCUUCCUCGAGAUCACAAAGAUUACGGACUUGCCUCCUGAGCGGAAUAUGACGCGGACCUCGUUCGAUAUGGACCCGUUUGUGGUUACAUCGUUGGGCAAGAAGACAUACCGCACGAAAGUCAUAAACCACAACCUUAACCCGGUGUAUGAGGAGAAGCUGGUGUUCCAGGUCAUGAAGCACGAGACGAACUACUCUCUCAACUUUACUGUUGUAGAUCGGGACAAGUUUUCUGGGAACGACUAUAUUGGCGCGGUCAACUUCCCGCUUGACAAGGUCACUGCGGUUUCCCCUGAGGCUGAUCCGGCUACUGGCUUGUACAAACUGCCUGAACCGCAUGAUCUCGAAUCGCCUAAUCUCCCUGAAGCUAGGAGGUCCCGCUUCCGUCUUCCCAUAUCUCGAUCGUCGUCUUCCAACAGCCUGACGAAAGCUGCGAAGCCGGGAUUGAGGAAGGAGAACUCUUCAAACUCUCUGUCGCUCAAUCUUAAAGACCAGAGCACAACACUGUUACCUCCUCCGCCAACCAGUGCCCCUUCUACUCCUGGUCUCGACGCGAACGGCAAAGGUAUCCUAGGUACAAACUCAAUCAAUGUCGAUCCACACGUGGUAGACGAUCAGGAUCUCAAGUCCUGGGACAUGCCUUUGGAGAUGAAGAAUAAAGACAGAUGGGAAGCCAAGCACAACCCCACCAUCUAUAUCCGAGCCAAAUACUUGCCUUACAAGGCUCUCCGACAGCAAUUCUGGCGAGCCAUGCUCAAGCAGUAUGAUGCCGAUGACAGUGGAUGGAUCGACAAGGUCGAAUUGACGACUAUGCUCGACACGCUGGGCUCCACCCUGCAUGAGUCAACCAUCGACGGGUUCUUUGACAGAUUCGCCAAGGACAACAACGACAACAAGGAGGGGCUUCUGACUUUUGACCAGGCUGUCAUCUGUCUUGAAGACCAGUUGCAGAAUACGAAGCAGCGCACGUGGGGUUCGGCUAUAAAGGGCCAGUUCAACAACCUCACUACCAGCAGUGUUACCCAGAGCAGCACCGACCAGAGCGACACUCCUAGCCUCACUCCAGGUUCUGUUACUCCUUCUGCGACUUCCGGUAGCGCGACACCCCUCAACUUCCAUAGUCAGAGCACUGCAAUUCCAGCAGUCGCUCAAGAGAAGCUCGGAGCUGCCGGCGAAGAGGGCGACACACUCGACGCCCACGACGACUUGGCCGAUGACAACGGCGAGGAGCACGUUAUUGAGAUCCGGGAGUGCCCCAUCUGUCACCAACCUCGCCUUAACAAGAAGUCGGAUGCUGAUAUCAUUACCCACGUCGCGACCUGUGCUAGCCAAGAUUGGCGACAAGUGAACAACAUUGUCAUGGCCGGAUUCGUCACUUCUAGCCAGGCCCAGCGGAAGUGGUACACCAAGGUCGUCCACAAAAUCUCGUAUGGCGGCUACAAGCUUGGUGCGAAUUCUGCGAACAUCUUGGUCCAGGAUCGUAUGACUGGGCAAAUCAAUGAGGAGCGUAUGAGUAUUUAUGUGAGGUUGGGGAUUCGGCUGCUCUACAAGGGGCUGAAGGCGAACAAUAUGGAAAAGAAGCGAAUUCGCAAGCUCCUCCGAUCUCUCAGCUUCAAACAAGGCGCCAAGUACGACGACCCGGCCUCCGCUGCAGAAAUCGAAGGCUUCAUCAACUUCCAUCAACUAGACAUGUCGGAAGUUUUGCUCCCUGCUAAGAGUUUCAAGAACUUUAACGAGUUCUUCUACCGCGCUCUCAAGCCUGACGCUCGUCCGUGCUCAGCACCUGACGACCCAAGAGUCAUCACAUCCCCCGCAGAUUGCCGCUCCGUCGUCUUCAACCGCAUGGACGAGGCCCAAACUAUUUGGGUUAAGGGCCGCGAGUUUAGCGUUGAGCGGCUGCUUGGUAACGCUUACCCUGAAGACGCAAAGCGGUACCAAGGCGGCUCCCUCGGGAUUUUCCGUCUCGCGCCUCAGGAUUACCAUCGCUUCCAUAUCCCGGUCGAUGGUGUGAUGGGAGAGCCAAAGCUCAUCGAAGGCGAGUACUACACUGUCAACCCCAUGGCUAUCCGCUCCGCGCUGGAUGUGUACGGUGAGAAUGUCAGAGUCAUUGUGCCAAUCGACUCGGAGGCGCAUGGGAGGGUUACUGUCAUUUGUGUGGGUGCGAUGAUGGUGGGUAGUACUGUGAUUACCCGGAAAACUGGUGACAAGGUUAAGAGGGCUGAGGAGCUGGGCUAUUUCAAGUUUGGUGGGAGUACUCUCCUACUUCUCUUCGAGCCAGGCGUCAUGAAGUUCGAUGACGACUUGGUGGAUAACUCGAGAUCUGCUUUGGAGACUUUGGUCCGCGUCGGCAUGUCCAUUGGCCAUAGCCCCGAACGCGCCGCCUACUCCCAAGACCAGCGGAAAGAGAAUCCGACUCUAGAAGAGAAGCAGGACGCCAAGCGCCGUAUCGAAGGCAGCAUGGCGCCGCCUGGUGAGCAAGGCCCGAUGCCUGGUGCUGGUCUAACAUAGACUACCAACGAACACACUUAUAUGGGUAUGGCAUCAGGGGUUCUGGGCUGGGAGGGUAUGGCGGUGUGUGAUUACUGAAUAAAAAGUAUUGGUUAGGUUUUCUACGAUUCGAUGAGAUGAUUUUGGUAGCGAACAUGAUGGAAAGGACCCUUGCAAGUGUUGCUGUGGGUGUGAUUUGGGGGGGAGUGCUGUUGCUGUCUGGGAUGGAGGGGGUGAUUUUUUCUUGAUGAGGGAUGCGUUUGUAUUACGUACACGAAUGAUACGUUUUGCUCCCGGUGUAGCAUUCGUCCUGGUUGAGGACUUCCUUGUUUAAAAUAUGUACACAGACUUAGGAUUUUGGUGCUGCAGUUUAUCAGAUGUAAGGUCACGUGAUUAUAAGCAUCUCAGGUUGGCACGACGCAAUCUUAGGACUGGCUGGAGACAAC